UAGUUUUCACACGGUCCCUAACACGACACUGCAAAGGAGCGUCUUCCGCAUGUCAAAUGUCGAAUAUGAAACUAACUCCACCUCGGUGCGAUGGCACAGGUGGGGCAUUUGCAUUGGCCUAAACGGAGACAGAGCAAGUAUAUGACGAGAGCAAAGAAGGAAGGGAAAUUAAUGAAAGAGUGUUCCUGGUUAAAUAAGGUUGGAGGGCCCGUAGCUGAACUGCAGGGGCAAGAGACACCAACACCGUGAGAAAGAUGAAUAUUGGUCCAAUUAGGCUAUUCAUUUUUUAAAUAUUCAAUAAAAAACAUGUUUCGCUUCGUCCUGAAAAUGUGAACAAGCUAUUCGUGCAAGCUUUAAUGUCAUUUUAAUGUGGAUUUGUAUUAUUAUUUGGCUAAUACUUUACGUCGUCCGUUUGGUGUUGUCGGCCCCCUAUUGGUCAAAGUGUCUUACUGCCACAGUGUCACAUUGCACUUCUCAGCUAGCUAGUUGAGUACACUAUCGUGGAAGCUGUAGGUAGUUCGCAAACGUUACCCCGCGGCUGGUCGCCCCUGAGGGAACAAGCCCCAGUGCAUACUUUUCAGCUUAGAUAGAAACACAAUACUAAUAUCUAGGUGGAGGUGAGUGUGUAUUUUGAGCUCCAACAGGUUAUCACAGGGUGUAAGUUCUGGGGAUAUUUUUUCUCUGAGGAAAGUCACAAUGGAUCCACACUCGGGGAAUUCUGCUUCGGCUGCGGCUCCCAAAGGCGGCAAGGACAAGAAAUCUAAGAAGCAUUACGAAGAUGGAGAGAAGAAAGAAAAGAAAUUUAAACUCAAACGACUGAUCCCCGAUGAGCUGGAGCGCUUCACCAGCAUGAGGAUGAAGAAGGACAAGGAGAAGGCGGGGCCGGGCGGGGGCCAGCGCCACUCAGCCGCCGCCCACUACGAAGUGUCGGGGGCGGGAGCCUCGCAGCACGACCUCCCUGAGGAGCUGGUGCUGGACCUGUUUGAACAGAUGCUGGUGGACAUGAACCUGAACGAGGAGAAGCAGCAGCCUCUGAGGGCGAAGGACAUCCACAUCAAACGAGAGAUGGUGUCCCAGUACCUCCACACCUCCAAAGCUGGCCAGAACCAGAAGGAGAGCUCCAGGUCAGCAGUGAUGUAUAUUCAGGAGCUAAAGACUGAACCCAGGGAUGCUCAGCUGCUGAGCUGUCUGGAGUCGCUCAGGGUUUCCCUCAACAACAACCCUGUCAGCUGGGUGCAGAACUUUGGAAACGAGGGGUUGGCUCUGCUGCUCAACCUGCUGAGAAAACUCCAGGAGGAGAAAGACCCGCACAUGGGAGUCAAGUGUCAACACGAGAUUAUCCGCUGUCUCAAAGCAUUCAUGAACAACAAGCACGGCCUGAAAGACAUGCUGAACUCAGUGGAGGGGAUCCCUCUGCUGGUCAGAGCCAUCAACCCCAUGGUGCCUCACAUGAUGGUGGACGCCGUGAAGCUGCUCUCUGCCAUCUCCAUCCUGGAGCACCCCGAAAACAUGCACGAGCGUGUCCUGGAGGCCAUCACCGAGGAGGCCGAGACGCAGGACAACGAGAGGUUUCAGCCGCUGCUCUCAGGGAUGAGCAAAUCCAACAUCGCCCUCAAGGGAGGCUGCAUGCAGCUGAUCAACGCCCUGAUCAGCAGAGGAGAAGAGCUCGACUUCAGGGUCCACAUCCGCUCUGAGCUGCUCCGCCUGGGCCUCAGAGACCGUCUGACGGAGGUGAGGACCAUAGAGAACGAGGAGCUGAGGGUGCAGCUGAGCGUGUUUGACGAUCAGGCGGAGGACGACUCGGAUGAUCUCAAGGCUCGGCUGGAAGACGUCCGCAUCGAGAUGGAUGACGUGACGGAGGUGUUCCAGAUCCUGUUGAACACAGUCAAGGACUCCAAGGCCGAGCCCCACUUCCUGUCUCUGAUGCAGCACCUGCUGCUGGUCCGCAACGACUACAUGGUCAGGCCUCAUUACUACAAGCUCAUGGACGAGUGUGUCGCACAGAUCGUUCUGCACAAGAACGGAGCUGAUCCAGACUUCAAGUGUCGCAAUCUCACUUUCGACAUUGAGGGGUUAAUAGAUAACAUGGUGGACCAGACCAAGGUGGAGACCAGUGAGGCCAAGGCCAUAGAGAUGGAGAAGAAGCUCAACGCCGAGGUCACAUCCCGCCACGAGCUGCAGGCGGAGCUGAGGAAGCUGGAGAGCGACUACGAGCAGCGCGUCCAGGAGCUGAGCUCAGAGAAGGAGCUUCUGGGAAACCACAAGCUGGAGAAGGAGAAGGAGAACCAGGCUCUGCUGGGCCAGAUCAACACGCUGAAAGAGCAGAUUGAGAAGCUGUCUAAGGACCUGGAGGAAGCCAAGACCCGAGUUGUCACGGUGACCGUGCCCGUUCCCACCCCUGGCUUCCCCCCACCACCCGGCCAAGCUGGCCUCUCCCCUCCCCCUCCCGCACCCCCUCUUCCUGGCCAACCCUCCGGCGGCCCCCCCGCCUCCGCCCCCCCCCCGCCUCCCCCUCCGCUUCCAGGCCAGACCAUGCCCCCUCCCCCCCCCCCCCGCCCCCUCUCCCGGGCAUGCCCGCCCCCCCACCCCCUCCUCCCCUGCCGGGCAUGGGCGGCCCCCCCGCCUCCCCCUCCCCCCCCUCCUCCCCCUGGCAUGCCUGGGAUGCCCCCCCUCCCCCCACCACCCCCUGGCAUGCCUGGGAUGCCCCCCCCUCCACCCCCCCCGGGUGGUCCAGGCAUGCCCCCCCCCACCGCCAGGUAUGGGGGUCUGGACUGCACCCGUGCCCCCCCCUCUGCCCUACGGCCUGGAGCCAAAGAAGGAGUACAAGCCUGAGGUGCAGCUGAAGAGGGCUAACUGGAGCAAGAUUGGGCCUGAGGAUCUCUCAGAGAACAGUAUCUGGACCAAAGCCAAGGAGGGUCGCUACGAGAGCAACGAACUGUUUGCCAAACUCACACUGGCCUUCUCCUCUCAGACCAAGU